CUUUCUUUCUCCUCUUCUGCUGUUCAGUCACUGCCUUUGUGAAUACCAGUAUUCUUGAGUUGCUUGCCGAUUGAGCUUUUUUCUCUUGUUCCUUGUUGCGUAUGAGGUGCAACUAAUACCUAGCUUUGUUGUUACAUCGUGCUACUAUAUACUGGACAGAUUCCUAGCCUUCUUUGAUUCCCAAACUGCUUUGGGAGCAGGCCUUGUGUUGGGUUAUUAAGAAAUAGAGGUUCUUAAGCACCAAAUAUGUGUCGAUUCAUGAUAUACAAGGGGACCAGCGAGAUCCGUCUCUGCAAGCUGGUAACUGAGCCGAGUCACUCAAUUCUGACCCAAUCCUAUGACUCGCGGCUAAGACUGGAUAAUCGACGCCCUGUUAAUGGUGAUGGUUUCGGAGUGGGCUUCUACACAGACCCAAAACUAGGCCCGGAACCGUGUAUUUUCAAAUCGACCUUACCCGCAUGGAACUGCGAGAACCUGGAGCGGCUAGCAUCGAAGACGUGCUCGAACCUCAUUUUCGCUCAUGUGCGUGCCUCGACGGAGGGUGCGCUCGCGGAGAAUAAUUGCCAUCCUUUCCAACAUGGCACACUGAUGUGGAUGCAUAACGGCGGUAUCGGCGGGUGGAAGUACGUCAAGCGAGAACUGGCCAGUUCGUUGGCGGAUCGAUGGUACCUGGGAGUCAAGGGCGGGACGGAUAGCGAGUGGGCAUUUGCGCUGUUUCUCGACCUGAUGGAGAAGGAGGAGGGCGUGGAUCCCAGCUCGGACCCGGGCCCGGAAGGGUUUGGCCAUGCGCUCUUGCGACGUGUGAUGAUGAGAACAAUUGCGAAGAUCAACGAGUUUGUUCGAGACAUUCCAAAGAAGCAUGGCGAUGCUGCCAUUGGGCUUGAAACCCGGAGCCUACUCAAUUUCGCCGUUACCGACGGUCAUACUGUGGUUUGCACGCGGUACAUCAGCAGUAAGACGGAUGAGCCUGCGAGCUUGUAUUUUUCUUCAGGCACCAAGUGGAAAGAGGGCAAGACAAAGGGCCAUUUCAAGAUGGAGCGUCAUGAUAAAGGUGCAGACAUUGUUCUGGUGGCAAGUGAGCCCAUCACAUUCGAAAGACACAAUUGGGUUUCUGUCCCUACGAACUCUGUUGUCACUGUUCAUAAACAGACUGUUCUCUUGCAUCCUAUUAUUGAUGAGUUCUACGACGAGGGAUUGAAUCACGAUCGCUCGUCCUGCUACGCCGUGUCAAAGGGCCUUGUCAGCACCGCACCAGGAACCACCAUGCAACCGGAGGAAGCACGUUGCGCACCUCCGGCAAUCAAUAUCGACUCUCAAAAUACCUCGAUCGAAUGCCAAUGAGCACGACCUAGGUCUUCGCUGGCAGAUAAUGUCUCUGGCGCUAGCCUGUUAUAUUUGAUUACGAAGGAAUGAGCGCAUGCUUCACUUUUGCGCAAAAAAUCGCCAAAGGCGUGCAUUUUUCUUUUUCGGGUUUUGGGUUGGUCAUAUAUGGCGUUGAGAAGAGAGGGCUUAAUGGGUUUCUUCGAUUAUUUAUGGUCGACUCAAGUGUUAAAUUAAUAUUAGACUAUAAUUACACGUGCAAUAUGCCACCAGGGCAAUAUACUGCAAAAUUUCUUGUCUCACGUAUCAUCUCCCGAGAUAUUAGCAUGUUUGAAAUACUUCAUCCCAACCCAAGCGACAACAACCCACACCCAAGACAUGACAGCCGUCAACGUAAUCAACGCGGGAUAGUACCCCACAAUGGGCAGGGUCGGAUCAUCCUCCAGCUCAGGCGGCGCGUAAGGCGUCUCUCCCACAUCCCAUGCCCAGCUCCAGACACCGAAACAGCUGCCCAUACCGAUCACGAAUCCCAACCAGGUAACAACGAGUAUGAUCCACCCCCACCACUCUGUUUCGGAGUAGUCCCAUGUUUCCAUCAUGUCGGAGGCCGUCCCGGGGCUGGUGGGAAGGUGAUGGUGGGUGCUCGACAUGGUUCCAAGGGGGGAUUUAGGUGUUCGACGCGUGUGUGUAUGUGUAUGUGCAUGGGUGUGCGUAUGCGUGUGCAUGUGAGAGUGGACAUGAGUCGCUUGCGUUCUGUGUUGGUGCUGAAGCUGGAGUUGUCUUGACGAGGGACGGAGACGGAAAUAGGAGUCGGAGGUAGAUUUCGAUGAUGCGGGGGGAGGCAUAUACAGGUCAUGGCCAUGGACGUUGCUGUCAUCUGUUGUGGAGAUGCUAUUCUCUCUUGCCUCUUCGCCAGGAAGCAUUUUUUUUUUC